UCAUCGUUUGUACAUUGGGUGUGGAACGAUUAUUCGGAUUUAGAAAGCUAGCACUUCCAGCGGAAUCAUCAUAGAAAAACUAUGGAAAUUUUUAUGACUCAUAAAAAUUGUGCGAUAACAGAAACCAAACAUUGCUCUUUGAUUUUACGCCUGCUGUGUUUUACAAUACUGUGGUAGCACGGACGGGAAGGAAAGGGCGAAGCAGCCUGCUGACGUAAUGGAUAUUGCGGGGAUAUUCUUUACUACUUAAGGUUACUGGUUUUCUGGUGGAAGUAUUGUUAAAGUAAGACUUAAUUUUUCUAAUGUAUGGCGACGUUCAUUUGUGGCUACUGGGACUACAGUCUCGACCGAAUGAAACUCUUAUAAAUAAAUAAACCACGCAACGGGAAGGUGCAGUGAAAUUGCAUCUCGUAACUGUGCUCAUGAUUGUGAGGUUAUUUUUUGUUUUUGUAGCAUUUAAUGACAGAAAUGCCAUGUUGUUGUGUUUUUAUUCGAAGAAGUGUAUUUCGUGAAUUCCUGUGACGUAAUGAAGCUAAAAUGAAGAGCUCGAAUUUGGGAGAAGAAUGACCGUGAUAAAUGAAAGCAGAACCAAAGCAUUCAAAGAAAGAUAUGGCACCUGAAAAUCUUUAUUGAAAGUUACCUUUCAGUAAUUUUACGUAUGUGGAGAAUAUUUGUGGAGUAGCACCAGUUACCAUUGACAAGACUCCUGAAUGGCCAACUGAUUUUUUUUUUUUCUUUUUGUGGGACGUAGCAAAUGAAGGUCGUCAUGACCAGCAGUAAUCAGUUAAUUGACUCCUGUUUGUUGAAAAUGCAAGCUUCCAUUACUACUGUACGUGAAGGAAAAGUGUAACACUGAAGCAGCCUGUGGCCACGUGAUGGGGGAAAGGAGAGUUCUACAGGAGAAAACGCCAGACAUGCUACAGUAUACUGGUCAACCAGAAUUACAUCAGGGAAACUCUUAUUCACUUGAUAUGACAUACCAUCCAACAAAUGGCCACCAGGAUAAUCACUCACCUAAUUCUUCUCACCUGUCUGUUCAGAGUGGAGAUGGAGCAACUCUUGUGUCUCGUACUCAGAAGCAACAAACUACACAGCAGGUUACUACUUUAACGAAAGUUGUUAGAGAAGUUCAUCAUGUUGGACCUGAUGGUCAGCAAGUUGAUUAUGUUGGUCUUCCAUAUUCAGGAGCUGGAGUUGUACCACCUACAGCUACACCUUCGAAUUAUCCUCCUUUCACCAAUUAUGAGCUAUUGACAGGGCAGGAAGGCUAUCCUCCCAUGGACCCAGCACGAAGGUAUCCAGAUGCUUAUCAUCCGAGUUACCAGGAUUAUGAGCAGUAUCCUCCGCAGCCUGAAUACCCAUACCAAAACCCAGCAUAUCCAGGUGGCUUUGCACCGUAUGGUGAUGCUUCCAACUAUGUGGAACAGCCAGGUUACGUUGAACGGCCAACAACACCACCCAGUCCAAGUGAAAGAAGUGAAUCGCCACCUUUGCAGCAAUCUCUUCAGCAUGAUUAUUUGCGGAAAGGAGCUCCUUAUUCCCAAGCGGGGUACGAUGAACUGGACUCUGCAUUAAUGCCUGGUCGUCAGGAACAUUACCGAAUAACACCUUCACCUGGUGCACCUGUAGAUAGAUAUGAUCACAUUUCUCAUCCCUGGAACAUUGAUGAAUCAGGUGAACCAUCACAAUUAACACAUGGAGAAGAUCCGAAACUGGUUUAUGGAUACCCACCAUCUCCAUAUGGCACUGUACCAGCAGCUUAUGGCACUAAUGGUGCAGACCCUAGAGUGUAUGAAGAGAAUGGUGCUGUUCCAAGAACAAUUUUUGAAGAUGAAGAAGAAUUGAGGAAACACUUGUCAAUGCAUCCUGCAAUCCCUUCACCUUCAAUUGAUGAUGACCAGAGAGGCAUGCGAUGGCGGGAUCCUAAUCUGACUGAAGUUAUUGGAUUCCUCAAUAAUCCAAAUAAUGUAAUAAAAGCUAAUGCAGCUGCAUACCUCCAGCAUUUAUGCUACAUGGAUGACCCAAAUAAGCAAAAGACAAGAUCAUUAGGUGGCAUCCCACCCUUAGUUUCACUGCUUUCACAUGAGAGUCCAGAUGUGUACAGAAAUGCAUGCGGAGCCUUACGGAAUCUCUCAUAUGGAAGGCAGAAUGAUGAAAACAAAAGAGCUAUUAAAAAUGCUGGAGGGAUACCUUCAUUAAUUAAUUUGUUACAGAAGUCAUCAGAUUCUGAAGUAAAAGAACUGGUGACUGGAGUUCUGUGGAAUUUGUCCUCAUGCGAGGACCUAAAAAGAUCAAUAAUAGAUGAUGGCCUUGCAGUGAUUGUGAACCAUGUUAUUAUCCCUCAUUCCGGCUGGGAUUCCACAUCAUCUGGUGAAACGUGUUGGUCAACAAUAUUCAGGAAUGCAUCAGGAGUUUUGCGGAAUGUUAGUUCUGCAGGAGAGUAUGCGAGGAAAAAACUGAGAGAAUGUGAUGGUUUAGUUGACUCCUUGUUGUAUGUUGUGAGGUCGGCGAUUGAAAAAUCAAACAUUGGUAACAAAAGUGUUGAAAACUGUGUAUGUGUGUUGAGAAACUUAUCGUAUAGAUGCCAAGAAGUGGAAGAUCCUCAUUAUGAUAAGCAUCCUGUUCCAACGCAAAGCAGAGUUGGUGCACAGCAGAAAGCAUACAGCCUCUGUCAAGGUGACAAUUUGGGCUGCUUUGGUGCAAGCAAAAAGAAAAAAGACGCACAGCCCAUUCAACAGAAGGAAACAGCUGCAAGCAGCCGAAGCACAAAUCAACGACUAGAACCUGUCAAAGGAAUGGAACUUCUUUGGCAGCCUGAAGUUGUUCAGUCUUACCUCUCUCUCUUGCAAAGCUGCUCGAAUCCAGAAACGUUGGAGGCAGCUGCAGGUGCACUGCAAAACCUUGCUGCGUGUUAUUGGCAACCAAGUAUUGAAAUAAGAGCAGCAGUGAGGAAAGAAAAGGGUCUUCCAAUUCUGGUUGAGCUUCUGCGAAUGGAAGUUGACCGGGUUGUCUGUGCUGUAGCAACAGCUCUGAGAAAUUUGGCCAUUGACCAGCGGAACAAGGAACUGAUAGGGAAGUAUGCUAUGCGAGAUCUUGUACAGAAAUUACCGUCCGGAAAUCCACAGCAUGAUCAGGGAACAUCAGACGAUACCAUUGCCGCUGUACUUGCAACAUUGAAUGAAGUAAUAAAGAAGAAUGCAGAAUUCUCUAGGUCAUUGCUGGAAGCUGGUGGUGUGGAACGCUUGAUGAAUAUAACAAGACAACGUCAGAAGUAUACACCGAGGGUCCUGAAGUUUGCUGGUCAAGUUCUUUUCACUAUGUGGCAACAUCAAGAACUUAGAGAGGUUUACAAGAAACAUGGUUGGAAAGAGCAGGAUUUUGUUACCAAAACAAUAGCUGCUCGAAAUGCUGGACCUAAUUCUCCAAAUAAUGCUAACAGCACACUGAAUCGACCAAUGGCUAGCCAGGGAGGAACACGGUAUGAAGACAGGACGAUGCAGCGCCCAACAAAUGUAAACAGUACAUCUCGCAGUCCUGGCCCGCCCAUGUACCAGCAGGGUGAUGAGAUUCCAAUGGCAGAUAUGUCAUACCCUGAAGGAGGGACGCAUGCCCCACCCCCAGGAGGAGUCCGUACUUACCCUGCCGCUCCUUUAGCCAAACCAGGUGAACCCUUAUAUGCCCAAGUCAACCGUGAGAAAAAGAAAAAUCGUCAGUAUGAAUCUGGAGGUUCACAACCACAGUAUGAUGGUCCUCCUGGGCCUGGAGAUAUGUGGGGAUAUGAAGAACCUGGAAAAGGUGUUGUUAUGGACAGCCAUGCUGAGAAUCCGACUGGUGGUGACUCAUGGGUGUGAAGUUGUUGUUGUGUUUUGAUUGGUGUUGUGCAUUAGAUUUAUGGUACAUGUGACCACUCACUGGUCUCCUUUUGUAUGUACAGUAGUGUGCAUAUGUCAUCACAGCUACAUAUAUUAUGUGAAAGUGGAUGUGUAUCCACACACUAUUGCUGAAAUAUGUGUAAAUAACUGUCUUAAUAGUGAACAGUAAUAUUUAAAUUACUCCAAAUCUCCAAAAAAAUAAAAAAAAUUGUUGUGAGAAUAAGACGUGUGACAAUUUUUUGUCUGCUGUGUGGAUAUUGCAACUCGACUAUUGUUCUCAGGUCCUGAUCUAUUCAAAACAAAGAACACUGUAGGACAGAGAGAUUCAAACUUUAACAGGCAUUCCACUCGUGUUGAUUGAAAGAAGUCCCACCUUGUGCUAAAAAGUUUACAGGGAGUGUUUAAAACAUCCGGAUAACUCUUUGAGUAGUUAGCUGCUCUCUCUCUCUUUUUUUUUUUUUUUUUUUUUUUUUUUUUUUUUUUUUUUUUUUUUUUUUUUUUUUCUCAGUGGAAAAGUUACAUGAUGUAUGUCACGUGCUGUUUCCAGUGCAUUAGUUAAGUGUUAAUGUUUGACAAAUGCUGUUCAGUUGAAAAUUUUGUAUGUUUUGUUUGUUACUGUUUUAUUUGUUUAAUUACAUAAUGCUGGAAUUUCACUUAUGUGGAAUUUUAUGUGAAAUUUUGUUCUGCAUUAUUAUGUUUAAAUUUAAUUUGAUUACAUUUCUAUGACACAGAACUGAUUUAAAUGUGUGAAUGUUGUUUCCUUUUUAGUGUAAGAUGAGGUGUUAUAAAAUGCCUAAAAGUUGACAUGUUGUUGCAAAUUAAAAUGAGUUUAUUUGUAGAAAAUGAAAACAAGUAGUGAUCAUCAUGUACUAAAGGUCAAGACAAGAUGUUGACUUAGUAAUUGAGCACAAUUCUGUAAUGUUUUCUAAGUUUGCAAUUUGGUUUGUUUAACUGUGUACAUGAAUGGACAAUGAGAGCUAAAUAUAUGCAGAAUUAAGUUCCCCUAAAUAAUAUAGUGUUACACAGUAAUAUGACUUUAGUUUCAAGUCUUGCAAGUUUUGUUCCAAAUUUAAAAUUAAUACGGCCAUUAGCCAGGUGCAACUGCCGUAAAUCACAGAAUUAUUCUGC